AUGCCCCACGCAGACUUCCUGGCGGGCGGCGUGGGGGCCAAUGUGCUGGUAGUAGAUUACAGGGGAUUUGGAAACAGCCAAGGCGUCCCUACAGAAAAGGGUGUAUAUACAGAUGCGGAUGCUGCGCUGGACUACAUUUUGCAGUGCCAAAAAGUAAACAACAAAGAUGUUUUUCUGUUUGGCCACAGUUUAGGCGGCGCUGUUGCCAUUGACUUGGCAAGCCGCAGAGGAGAUGAGAUUAGCGGGGUAGUUGUUGAAAACACCUUCACUUCCCUUCGAGGUGCCCUGCACGAUGUGCUGCCAUUUACAAAAGGCGUUACCUGGAUAUUAAAUAUGAUACAGCGCAUAAAACUAGCGAGCAUCGACAAAGUGCGUUCGCUGAAAGUCCCAAUUUUAUUCACUUCGGGAACUGAUGAUGAGUUGAUUCCUUCUAGCCAUUCUGAGAAACUCUACGAGGAGUGCGGGGCGAAGACGAAAUGGAGAAUUGAAGUCCGAAGGGGCACCCACAACAACACCUACGGGGUUGGGGGCGAGAAGUACGCGGCCUUUAUACGGGAAUUCAUGGAAACAGCAACAAAGGCAACAGCAAAAGCAAAAGCUCUAGCAGCAGCAGCAGCGAAAGAAGAGCAGCAGCAUGAUCUCGAAGACGCAGGCAUCUCCACAAAGGCGCUCGCGGGGUCAGCGCUUGCCGAAAGUAGCAGCAGCAGCAGCAGUCGCACCAGCACCGCAGAAGCACCAGAAGCAGACACAAAAGCGGAGUCAGGGGGAGCGCAAACAGAAACGGCAGCUGCAACAGCAGGGACUGAUGCCGCAGCAGCAGGUAUAAAAGCAGCAGCAACAGGUGCAGCCCCAGCAACAGCAGCAGAAGCGCCGCAGGUCGAGUCGCUGCUGCUGGCUGGGCUAAUAUCAGGUCUGCUGCUGGUGUUGCUCAGCCGCCAGAUGCAGAAGCAGCGGAGCAGCAACAGCAGCAGCAGCAGCAGAGCGAGCCAGUCAGCCUCCACUAAUGCUAUUUAUGAUGACAGUCAGUGGGAAGAACAAUCGAGCAGUAGAUACACCUCGAAAGGAACAGAAGAAGCUCAGGUGCUGCUGGAGCCAGCUAUAUCUGAGACCAGUUUGUACUAA